GAAGUAAUGUUGUAAGUAUUUGAUAUCAUUGUUUUAAUUGUUACUUAAAUAAAUAUUAUAUCGAUAUAUUAAAUAAAUAUUAUAUCGAUAUAUUAAAUAAAUAUUAUAUCGGUAUAUUAAAUAUAUAUAAUUAAAAAUAAAAUACGAAUAUGUCAGCCCGAAAAAAUGUUCAAACUGGAUUUCAACCGGAUUCCGAUGUUUAUAUUACAUAUGAAGAUCAACAAAAAAUUAAUAAAUUUGCAAGGCAAAAUGCUAAAAUGGAUGACUUAAAAGAAGAAUCAAAAAUUAAACAAAAUGAAUUAAAGAAUUUAGAAGAUGCAUGUGAUGAAAUAUCUCUUUUAGAUGAAGAUGCAAAAAUUCCAUAUCACAUUGGUGAAGUUUUUAUUUAUGAAGAUUUAGAAAGGACACAGAAUUAUUUAGACGAAAUUAAAGAGAAGAAAAAAAAGGAAAUCUCAAAUUUGGAAAGUAAAUGUAUUGAUUUAAAAAAUGUCAUAACUGACUUAAAAACAAAAUUAUAUGCAAAAUUUGGUAGCCGUAUAAAUUUAGAAGCAGAAGAGGAUUAAUUUAGUCAAAUAUCCAUAUAAUGCUUUUUAUAAUAUGAAA